AUGACUGUUGAUAGACCUUUACCAGCAUCACAACAGCCAUCAGCUUGCUUUUCAUGUCAUGCUCUUGGAAUAGCAUCAACAUCGGCGUUAGGAGUUUAUAUGUUUUAUCAAGCUAAGAAAGCGAAUUCUUCAACACAUCGUUUUACUUGUGCUCUUUUUGGACUAGGUUUUUUUAUUUUUGCUUCUCAUCGGGUUUCGUCCCUAUUUAAAGAUAUAUCACGACAAAGAAUUGCUGCUGGUGGAGGACUUCAAAGGAGUCUUGAAGAACGACGAUGA